UAAACACUGCGUCAACGUCGCCCCUGCUUAAUCGUCUCCCCUCGCCGCAGCUAUAAAAGGAGCCGCCAUGUCCGGUCCUCCGAGACUCCAACCAGCAGACCGAUCGAGCUCGCUCGCCUUUUGAGAAGAACAAACGCGUCCUCUCUGGUCUUCUUCCCACUUCGUUCCACAAUCACCCUAUCCACACGUACGUACGUACGAGAAGGAGCACCCGUGUCGUGACUCGUGAGCCGCCGGUGCGACGACGUACGACACACCCAUGGCGCCGUCCGAGGACUGCGGCUGGCUGCUGUACCUCUCCCUGGCCGCCAAAUGCGGCGACCCCCACCGCCUGCUCGGCUUCGCCGCGGUCUUGGCCACCGCCUUCGUCGUCACGGCGCUGCUGCACUGGGCGUCCCCCGGCGGCCCCGCGUGGGGCCGGUACUGGUGGACCAGGAGGGCCGGCCUGGGCAUUGGCGCCGCCAUCCCGGGGCCCCGCGGGCUGCCGGUGCUCGGCAGCAUGGGGCUCAUGACGGGCCUGGCGCACCGGAAGCUCGCGGCGGCGGCUGGCAAGGCCCGGCGCCGCCUCAUGGCCUUCUCCCUCGGCGAGACCCGCGUCGUGGUGACCGCCGACCCGGACGUGGCGCGGGAGCUCCUCGCCAGCGCCACCUUCGCCGACCGCCCCGUGAAGGAGUCCGCGUACGGGCUCCUCUUCCACCGCGCCAUCGGCUUCGCCCCGCACGGCGCCUACUGGCGCGCGCUCCGCCGCGUCGCGUCCGCGCACCUCUUCUCGCCGCGCCAGAUCGCCGCCUCCGCCGCGCAGCGCGCGGUGAUCGCGCGCCAGAUGGUGGACGCCAUGAUGAUGGAGCAGGGCGCCGCCGCUCCAGGAGUCGUGACGGCGCGGCGGUUCCUGAAGCGCGCGUCGCUGCACAGCGUGAUGUGGUCGGUGUUCGGGCGGAGGUACGAGCUGCUGCAGGCGGCGGACGGCGGCGAGGAGGCGGCGGAGCUCCAGAGCCUGGUGGACCAGGGCUACGACCUCCUCGGGCAGCUCAACUGGUCCGACCACCUCCCCUGGCUCGCCCGCUUCGACCUGCAGAGGACCCGGGCCAGGUGCGCCGCCCUCGUCCCCCGGGUCAACCGCUUCGUCGGCCGCAUCAUCGACGAGCACCGCGCCGCCCGCCUCCACCUCGGCGGCGACGGCGCCGCCGCCGUCGUGGACUUCACCGACGUCCUGCUCUCCCUGCAGGGCAGCGACAGGCUCUCCGACGCCGACAUGAUCGCCGUUCUCUGGGAGAUGAUCUUUCGAGGCACGGACACGGUGGCGGUUCUGAUGGAGUGGGUGCUGGCCCGGCUGGUGCUGCACCAGGACGUGCAGCGCAGGGUCCAGGAGGAGCUGGACCGGGUGGUCGGGCCGGGGCGGGCCGUGACCGAGCCGGACGGCGCCUCGCUCGCCUACCUCCACGCGGUCAUCAGGGAGGUGCUGCGCCUGCACCCGCCGGGCCCGCUGCUCUCCUGGGCACGCCUCGCCACGUCGGACGUCCACGUCGGCGGGUACCUCGUACCCGCGGGGACCACCGCCAUGGUGAACAUGUGGGCCAUCACCCACGACCCGGCCGUCUGGCCCGACCCGGCCGAGUUCAAACCCGAGAGGUUCGCGGCCGGCUCGCCGGGCGACGAGGCGUUCCCGGUGAUGGGCUCGGAUCUCAGGCUGGCGCCUUUCGGGUCCGGCCGGCGGGUCUGCCCCGGCAAGUCGCUGGCGAUGGCCACCGUCGCGUUCUGGGUCGCCACCCUCCUGCACGAGUUCGAGUGGCUGCCGGCGUCGUCCGACGAGCCGCCGCGUGGCGUCGACCUGUCCGAGGUGCUGAGGCUGUCGUGCGAGAUGGCCGCCCCGCUGGAGGCGAGGCUGGUGCCACGUCGCGCGGUGUGAUGACGUGGCGCCGAUCCAAGUGGCAGUGGGAGUACCUUCUAGUAGUAGAGUAACAUAAUUAACGCGUGCACGGUGGGCUGUGUAAAAAAAAAUGUAAAGUGUCCAUGCUAGUGCUGCUAGUGUGCCAUGCAUCAAGCCGGUUUGCUUAUGUGUGUACCUGUAAACCUGCUAUGUACCUGCAUGUAUAAUAGUAUCUGAAAGUAAGUUAAUGUAGGUGGAGGGUCGGUAGUGUACCUGCUGCAUAUAUAGACCUUGAGUGAGACAGCCAUAUAUAUUUAUAUAUAUCUUUUGCCUAGAGCUACUAGCUUUA